UUCGGAUGAUACAUGAGCUGUAUCCUUCGUUGCUAGAGAUAACCUACAGUUCUUUGCGUCGGCCACGUCUGUUAUUGGAAUAAACAGCACCAGCUUCACAUUCAAUUGAAUAUGUGGUGUUUAAAUGUUAACAGUUUACAAUUUGCGUCACGUUUAUUUUAUCUUAGCAGGCAUAUGUAGUAAAUAGGUUUGCGAGGGCAACGUGUUGUCAUAGCAACGUGGAAUGCUACGUCCUGUUUCCUUUUCUGCCAGUAUGUCCUACGGAUGGCUCGUUUUAUUCUAAAUCUUAAGAAUCCUCCUAAAUCAUGGUUAUUUUGACAGAAUGUUUACAUAUGUUAGAUUAUUUUAUGUUUUCACAGACUGGGUCACAGUGGAACCCUAAAAAGGAUUUAAGCAGCCUAGCAAGCGCUUCCAUUUAAGUUCCGCGAGAGAGAUAUGAAAGCAUACUGAACAGUCUUCUCUCGCGAUAUUUGCUGUCAUAUACGCCCCGCCCAUUGCACGGUGCAGCCACGCGUGCAGAACCAGUAGUUUAUCGGUGCCACUCGAGUUUCCUUUAAUAUUACCGUUGUUUUGUCUUGAUGCAAUAUAAUUCAUUCAUUUUGGAUUGCACGUGCUAUUUUCUGAAAAAUGGGAGAUUUCUCAGCAGACAGCAUUACUGUAGAGAUGCUCAGAGAGGCACAUGAAACUGUCAGAUGUAGCCCGCUGGAUGUCAUCCGUACUCCGAUGAUCUCAUGGUGCCAAACCACACUGCCACUCAACAUCUCUGGACAGAUUCACAUCAAACUGGAGAACAUGCAGAGGACGGGUUCAUUUAAGAUAAGAGGUGUUGCCAACCAGUUUGCCAGAAGACCGAAAGGGGGCCGUUUUGUGACCAUGUCUGCUGGGAAUUAUGGGAAGACAUUUGCAUAUGCCUGUAAGCAUUAUAUAUCAAAAGGCAAAGUGGUGAUGCCCGAAACUGCACCCAUCUCCAGAUCUGCACUCAUACAAAGGUUUGGAGUUGAGGUUGAAAGAGUACCAACUCCACGUCUCAUGGAUGUUGUUAACCGAUGUGUUCAAGAGGACGGAAUGACUUUCUUGCAUCCAUAUGAUGACCCCGAUCUUAUAGCAGGCCAUGCCAGCUUAGGUUUUGAGAUUCUGGACUUUAUAGCACAUCCAGACGUAGUUGUUGUCUGUUGUGGUGGAGGUGGGCUACUGGCUGGUGUGGCAGCUGCCAUCAAAUUGUCUGGAUGUGAGAAUACAAGAAUUUAUGGAGUGGAACCAGAAGGAGCAUGUACAAUGUACAAGAGCUUCAUUGAGAAAAAGCCUGUCGGCAUGGAUGCCAAAAGCAUUGCUUCUGGGCUAGCCCCACCAUUCGCUGGUGUGUUGCCAUAUGAGCUGUGUCAGAGAUACGUGGAAGAAAUCGUGCUGGUAACUGAUGAAGAGAUCAAAUCUGCUGUUUCUACUCUGUAUACAGCCGGCCUUGUUGUUGAACCAUCAGGCACUGCAGCCUUUGCUGCCAUAGUAAAUAACAGAAUACCAGACAUUGACGACAAGAAUGUUGUGGUCAUCCUUAGCGGAGGAAACAUUGGCAGAGAUGAGCUUAACAACUUUUCUGAUUAAGUUAGUUUAACUUAACUCAAACAAACAUAUUUUUUACUCAAAAAUUUGAAAUGUCAUCUACUCAACACCAUGUCAUUUCAAUGCGCUUUAUGUCUACAGGGCUGUCAAGCACCAAAAAGAUCAACGGCAUUAAAUGUGACAUACUGUAUAAUAUCAAUUGUGCCGAAGUGCAAAUCAACACUAUGGACAAAUGAAAUUUUAGUUGUGUAUUGUAUAACUUCAAAAGUCAUUAAACUACAUAAAUGUUAUUAUUUAUUUUAUGGAGUUUGG